CGUCACAGGAGAUGAAGAUAAUAGUCGUUCGUGUAUUGUGCUUUCGUUUAAUGGUUUAAUUCGUAUGUACCGAUUCGAUAGCUCUGAAAGAUCAGCAUAAGUUAUCGCUGUUUCUGGUGUCCCUUCCUUAAUGGAUGAUCUAUAUGCAGUAUUGGGAUGCACUAAAAAUGCUUCGCCUGAGGAACUGAAGAGGAAUUAUCAUCUACUGGCUAUAAAAAAUCAUCCAGACAAAAUGAAAGCUGCUACUGACGAUACUAAAUUCAAGCAAAUUACGGAAGCUUGGCAGAUUUUACGUGAUCCUGAAACAAGGAAAAAGUACGACGCAGAACAGCUAAACGUCACACGUUGUGAAACACCAGUUGUGUUUGAAAUCGUGAAUGUCCAAGAAAUGGAAUAUGACGUGACCGCAAGAACGUACUAUUACAGUUGUCGAUGUGGUGGCUCCUAUUCCGUCUGUCGAGAUGACUUGUAUACGGAUACAACGUAUGUGAAUUGCAGUGAAUGCUCUCUAGCAAUACUCAUUAAGCUGAAGUAAUUUAUACAGAUUAUCGAAUUUAGGUGACAACGAAAGCAUGUAAAAAUUUCCUUCGCUGGUGAAACAUUCUAAGAAGUUUCCUUCGUUUCUCGUAUGGGAUGCGUUCCGCUAUGAGGUUGUGUAAAAACAUGAACAAUAUUAGAAAUAAAGUUUUGACAGUAAUACUGUGAGCAAAACUGAAAUUGUGUAACACACACUUUUGCUAUAGGAAGUAGAACUAUUUACAAUACACAAGUACUUCUACGAAGUCCUAUUAAACGUGAAACUAUUUGAAAUUUUUCGACGUAAUAAGAUUCUUUGU